CGUCAUUUUGCCGCAUUCUUCUCGCUUGAGGCGUGUGAUUCAUCAUGGGUGCCAACGCUGCUGUUGUUUCGUUUGUCUGCAUUCUGCUUUGCACUGCUGCUUCAGCCGCCCGACCUCACGCACCUCCCGCUCACGACGUGUCCGGCGGGCAGACACCCGGCUCGUCCAUCGAAGCCGUGCCCAAGUAAGCCCGUGAAUGAAGCGCAAACAUCCAUCACCCAUGUUCGCCACACUGUCUGCUUUUGCGCAUGCAGUGGUGCCAUCCGUUCUACCCCCCGCGGCUUGGAUGCUGCGGUGGUAGGUGCCUACGAGGAGGGCGAGAAGGAGGCCGAGGCUGCUUCGGAGGGCACUGACAGUAAGGGCACAGCAGAUCCAUGACUGCUUGUCCAUCUGCACUGCACUCAUUGUUUGCAGCUGACGAAGAGCCGUCCAAGAUUCUCUCUGCCAUGGUGAAGCAAACGUCCUUCGAGCAUCCGGAUCAUUGCUUGUCUGGGUAUCCGUAUUCGAUGCUGUGUGCAGCCGCGAAGCACAUCGGUGUUCGGUGGAUUCGUUCCUGCCGGCACGGACGACGGCGCCAUCGAAAGCAGAAUGUGAGUGAGCACACAGACGUGUGCUAUACCUUUCGCGCUUGUCUGUCUGUCUGUGUCUGUCUGCAUGGGUAACAUGUUUUAUCAGCGCUGCAGCUGCGCCUGCUGUUGAGGCAGUUGAGGAGGAGCUCGAGCCAGAGGAGGAGGAAGGAGGCGUUGUCAACGGGCUGGACAUUGAGGACCCAUCGCGGAUGUCGUCGAGGCCUCCGAGCCACCGUUCGGAUGGACGCCGCAGGUGAAGGAGAAGCCAGUGACAAGCCUCAAGGACGGCGUGAGGGUGGCAUGCACUGUUUCAUUCCCACCCGUCAAGCCCAAGCUGCGAAAAUCGACCGCGAAACGCCGACCCACGUUGACAGCAGGUACAGGAGUGGGCUGGAUGUAUGGCGAAGAUCGGAGUGUUCUUGCUCUGUGGGUGUGUGUGUGUGUGUGUGUGGGUGUGGGUGUGGGUGUGGGUGUGUGCAGCGCUGCAGCGAUUCUGAUGGAUACGCUAACCUGUCUCCGUGCCUGAGCAGACUUGUCCUCUCUUGCCUGAGUGAGACGACAGCAAUAUCAAUGAGAUGAAUGACCAGCGAAGGUGCCGGCCAGUGCUGGGUACACA